AUGAAGACAAAUGGAUACAAACAGGGAAAUGGUGAUCACACCCUAUUCAUUAAGCAGAGAGAUGGCCUGGUGAGUCUUCUUCUUGUGUAUGUUGAUGAUAUGAUAGUCACAGGUGACGAUGAAGAAGAGAAAAAGAAGAUGAAGGAGAGGUUAGCUGCUGAAUUUGAUCUUAAAGAUUUGGGUAAACUAAGGUACUUUCUGGGGAUAGAGAUUGCUCGGUCAGAGACAGGGUUGGUUAUGAGCCAAAGGAAAUACACUCUGGAUCUUCUAAAGGAGACAGGCAAACUUGGAUGCAGACCCUUUCAAACUCCAAUGGAGUCUGGUACAAAGAUAAGCAUCAAAACUGGCAACAUCCUAGAUGAAGAAGGAAAAGGGUGGUAUCAGAGGCUGGUUGGUAAGCUCAUCUAUCUUACUCUUACUCGCCCUGAUAUUACUUAUGCUGUGAAUGUGUUGAGUCAGUUUAUGCAUGCUCCUACUGAUUGUCACUGGAAGAGUGCAGAAAGAGUGUUGGGGUACCUAAAGAAUAACCCAGGAAAAGGAUUACUCUAUACUCAGCAAGACCAACUUAAUAUUGAAGGAUACUCUGACGCAGAUUGGGCCGGGUGUACUGAUACUAGGAGGUCUACCACAGGGUACUGCAUCUUUCUGGGAGGUAACCUGGUUGUAUGGAGAAGUAAGAGGCAAGAAGUUUGCUCUAGAUCCAGUGCUGAGGCUGAAUACAGGGCUGUGGCUAUGGGAGUUACAGAAAUGUUAUGGUUAAAGAUUUUCCUAGCAGAUAUUGGUGUUGAAACAGAAGAGAAGAUGAGGAUGUACUGCGACAACAAGUCUGCAAUUAAUCUUGCGAAUAAUCCCGUUUUGCAUGACAGAACUAAACAUGUGGAGAUUGAUCGCCACUUCAUACGGGAACGCAUAGAUUCAAAGGAGUUGAUCCUACCUUAUAUGAAGUCUGAAGAUCAAAUUGCAGAUGUUCUAACCAAAGCCUUAUGUACAUCUCAAUUCGAGAAAAAUGUAAGCAAGCUAGGCAUGUUUGACAUGUAUGCCAAGCUUGAGGGGGAGUGUUAA